GGAUUUACCUGUAGCCGCAGGUAAUAACCUACACGGGGAGACGAAGGAACAUAACACUGUGGAAUUUACCAGUAAGAGUUUAGUGCGUAGGGUUGGUAGCGAGCUAUUUGUCUUGAAAUCUGUAUACUUUGUUGUGAAGAAAACACAGUUGGAGAGUUGAGAAACUCGACCCAAAUAAAACAUUUUCCGUACGGACUUCCGUAAUUUUAUCGGCGUCAAGAGUUACCAAAGGUAACCCAAGCGAUUUAUGCGGUCCCAGGCGCUUUGAGCCAUGCCUGGCCACAGCACAGGGGCUCCCCAGAAGUCCCGCCACGACAAACAACACAGCGGACACAGCACCAGGGCUGACGGCUACAAGCAGGGCCGCACCAUCUCUAGAGACAGCACCGCAAGCCAAGAGUCCUACAAGGACCCCCAUGCCGACCACAACACAAGGGAACAGUACCAUGGAGACUACUCCCGUCACUCUGAGGGCCAGCAAGGCCGCAGAGGAGCCCCCCCAACACGACACGUCAACGGGCGGGGGUCAGAGACACUGGGCUUCAUCCCUGGCUCAGCAGACUCUCCCCAGAGCACAAAUGCAUGUGGCUCCUGUGCCGCUAUGGGCUGGAGCGGCUGCAAGGCUCUCCUCUGCUGUAUCUUCACCUGUGGCUUCUAUGGCAGCCAGGAUCCCUGUCUGCCUGUCAACAGCGAGAGCUCCACGGACCACCCCAGCAAGGCCGACGCUGAGCAGCCCCACCCCCCUAACGGCAUGUCCGUGUCCAACCCCACCUGCGGCAUCCCUCUGGAGCCCAGCAUCAAGCCUUCUAAGCAGCCCUCCAAGCUGCCUCCCAGUGACAGCUUCCACUACAAGGACGUCCGCAUCGGGGGCCAGACGGUGGUCUAUCCCACCUCGUCGUCGGGCCCCAAACGGACGCGUACGGGCGGAAAGGGCGACAGCCAGCGUCCUGUCAGCAACACCAGCACCAUCUACUCCCGGGAGGACCUGGAUCUGGACGACCUGAGCGACAGCGGCACGGACAUCGACUCGCUCAUCACUAAGAAACUUCUAGAGCUCUACGCGCUGCACCAGAUCGACCAACUGGCCAAGUGCACAUCUGACUCGUCGUUCUCAAGGAAGACCAAUGAGAUCAGCGAGCUGAUCAGCAGCAUUGCUCAGGACUACAACCUGGAGCAGCAGGAGGCAGAGUGCAGGCUGGUGCAUGGUGUGAUCCGCAUCAGCACACGCAAAGCCAAGAAGAACAAAUACUCCAACUCCCAGGCACAGGAGCCAGUGCACCAGCAGCCGCGAGCAAACGGGAGGAACGACAGAGGGACCCUCCUUCCUGACAGUGGCAAUGAAACAAUGACGUACACAUUUAACAGCAGUGAGAUGGAGCCUGAGGUGAAAGUGUCGGAGCUGACCCAGUCAGACGAACUAGCCAGGAAGAUGAGGCACUACAGUGGAAGAACCUACUCCUCCAGCUCAGCUACAGCCUACUCUCCCUACCAGCAUGACACAGAGACCGACUCGUCAGGGGCCCCACUGCUGCACGUCCUCUGAACGUCAUGACAAGGUCAACACAAAGUCCAGGGCACAACAUUAUCAAGGGCCUCAACCGAACUGGGGCUGGCUGUUGUGUGAUAGUGGGAAAUGUUUGUUCAUCAGCCUAUUGUUCCUCCAACACUGUCAUGCUUUCCUGUCAUUCCUCCAACACUGUCAUGCUUCCCUGUCAUUCCUCCAACACUGUCAUGCUUCCCUGGAACUGUAAUAUAAGGACAGAGUGACAGAGAGGAUCUUAAGUGUUGGACUAUUGAAGCCAUCUCCUCACUCUGGUGUGGAAUCAGCAUGUCCUUCCACACCAUGGAACCAUCCGUGAGUGGGACUCAGGCCUGCUUGCAAGGGGGAAGGGAGAGAUGGUGGCACCACUCUACGGGUGCCCAAUUGGCACAUAUCUGAACAUCGGAAAAACAAGGGAUAUUUUUUUUUUACAGGGGAAGAAAACUAUGGACUUUUAUUGUGUAUUUGCGUGCUAUGUUGCAAGUUGGUUUUAUACCAGUUAUGUUGUUGCCUUGCCACUCUAAGCAGAGACACUAAAAUCACUCCAUGCCAUUUUAACUCAGUCCUCAGUAAAGUGACUGACCAUAAUGCGUAACCGUCCCUGUUUUAGUGUGUGACUGUGUGUGCGUGCAUGACUGUGUGCAUGUGUGACUAUGUGCGUGCGUGACUGUGUGUGUGACAGUGCGUUAGGGCAGAUUGGCACCCUGCCAUUUGGACCCAGUAGCAGGUUUAGCUUCAUACUUUACUUUCAGUGUCAAAGGAGUUAUUUUUUCCAAGUAAACUUUGCUUCUUGGUUUGUCUAAACAUCUCUUUUGGAAAUGGGGCAUUGGAUCACUUUAAAUAAAAAAAAAGGCAAUGUAUAGUUACAUUUUUAUCAAAAUAAAAAAAGGAAUGAA